GAUCAACAAAUCAAACAACUCAACAAAAAUGUUUACUGGAAUACCAAUUUCAUGUCCUCCUAUGCAUGCCAACUCAACUUAUUGUCCACCUAAAUUUCCAAUCGAACCUCCAAGUUCAGAACCAACUAACAAACUUUCCAUUAAGGUUGUCAAUGACUCGAUUGUAUUUUACAGUGCCAAAACCUCUAAAAACGAAUUGAAAAUCAAAUUACAUAGAACUUUAAGAAUACCUGACGAUGGGAAAAUCUAUCCCUUGCCUCCAUCUUUGGGGACCUUCCCAAUCAAAAGAGUAGAUGAUUAUAUUAACAAAGUCCCUGAAAGCUGGAAACAAAAAGGUGGUGUAUUUGUUUGUUUACACCAACGUGAAGCCAUGUGGAUGGAAUUUGAAAAUUCCACAAAUCCUCAUGCUCUCAAAGUUGCUGUUGGUAAAGUGAAUGCUUUAAGUGGAGAACAAUGGGAUGAAGAAAUCAAAUCAAGAAAAGUUCAAGAUUAUUGUGUCACUCCAGCUCAAAAAUGGUUAGAUGGUAUUAAUAAUGGAAAUGGAACAAUCAAACAAUUCAUUGCCAUGCCACUUGGACAAGGAUAUACUGUCGAAUCACAGGUUACUGGAGAAGAUAAAGUAGGAGGUGCUCAAAUUAUUUGUUACAAUCCAUUCUCAGAAAAGGCAAAAUCAAUGUUUCCAGAAAUGAAUGAAACAACAUGGUCAUCUCCAAAGAAGAAACAUUCAAUCAUUCCAACAAAGAAAUCCAUUGUUGCAUACUCUCCUCCAGUUUCUCAAGCUUAUCCAAUACCAACAAUGUUUUCAACUUCUUCAACCGCAAGUAUUCCACAAAUGAAAUGUUGCUCACCAGCAAUGCCAAGAAGUUCACUUUCAAGUCUUAAAUGUGAAGAAAAAAGAAGUAGAUCUCAAUCCAGCAAUGCACAAGAAUUGGGAUUGGCAGCAGGAGGUAAAAUGAAACAAGAUAUUGCUAAAGAUCCUUAUGGCCCAUCAUUUUGGGAUGAAAGAACCAAGUCAAGAGUAUUUGUACAUAUUGUCAACUCUGACAUGUAUCAACAAAUAACAGGAGAAAAAGCCCCUCCAUGUCCAAUCAGUGCAAAGACUUAUUCUUCAUACAAAUAUCCAUGGUUUGAUCACUAUAAUGAAAAUUUGGGAACUAUUGGAGAAAGCUCCAUUCUUUCCAAUGUAAAGAGUGUCAAGCAAGUUGAUAUCCAAAAGUAUGGCUAUUCAACCCAAAACAAUCAAUCUGUAAAGAUUAAUAAUGUCAUUACAACAAAAACUGUUUGGAAUCCAAAUGAUGUAAGAGAUGGAGAUUGGUAACAAGUUCAAUAAAAUUAUUGGAAAAUAUUC